AUGGCAUCCAAACUUGACUCUUCCUCCCUCUCGGGCAUAUCGGCGGGGUUCGAUCUGAAUAGCUUCGACGACACCGUAACCUUCACAGAUGCCCUAGAAGACGAGCCUCUGUUUCCGAGCGAUUGGGAUCAGCAACAAACUCCCCCCUACGACGGCCUCUACUCCACUCCCUUGAAUUGGGACGCUCCACAACCCAAAAUCGAACCACUUCCACCCGCCUCAUUUACUACCAUGAACUCCCUUACUCCAGCUCAGCAGGAAAAGUUACGGAACAUUGCUAUGCCUCAACACCUUCAGUAUCGCGGAGGUAAUAGCCCACAGUCGACUGCGAGCUACAAGAGCAAUUCAGUGUCCUCGCCCGACGACCACCACAAUCGGAAGCGCAAGUCAUCGGCUUCUGGGGAUGACGAAGAUGAUGAGGAUUCGGCCGGCCAGCAUCCUCCUGUAAAGAAGACGGCGCAUAAUAUGAUUGAGAAGAGGUAUCGAACCAACUUGAACGAUAAGAUUGCUGCGUUGCGCGACAGCGUACCCAGUCUGCGAAUAAUGACCAAAAGUGCACGAGGAGAGGAUACGGCAGACGACCGAGAAGAACUCCAUGGGCUUACGCCAGCUCACAAGUUGAAUAAGGCAACGGUCCUGAGCAAAGCAACCGAGUACAUCCAUCAUCUAGAAAAGCGUGUGAAAAGAAUGGAAGAGACAGAUGUUCAGCAAAAGGCACGACUAGCUGCUUUUGAAACUCUAUUCAGAUCCGGUUCAAUGGGAUACAAUCCGCAGCCAACAAUGAACAACCCGUUCCAGUACCCAAGAGAUUAUAACACUCCUGGUCCAUCGCCUACGGUUGAUCCUCAAGGAAUGAUACAGGUACCAGAUGACAUUCGACGACUCCAUACCCAAGCAAGUCAACAAACCUAUCAGAUACCACAAGAGCAGUAUGCUCAACAGCCUGGUCGACAACCCAUUGGUCCUAAUGGCUGGCAGACCGGGGGUGGCUAUUUUGGAAAGCUUAUGGUCGGGUCUCUAGCAGGCUUGAUGAUCAUGGAAGGUUUCACUGAAGCCGAGCAAAGUGAGGACACACCCGCUGGACGAGGUCUUGCCGCAAUGCCACUUCAACUUCUGAAAAGUGUAUCUCAAACAGUACAUUCAUCAUUGGACCUGAAAGUACUUGGCUAUCACGUUCCAGCUGCUAAGUCGCUAGCUUACCUGAAGAUGGUCCUUGUGCUGGGGACUUUGCUUUAUAUUUUCUUACCCUCAAUGUUCGCUACCAAGCGCAAGUCAGACAGCGGAAAGACUCAGAGCACUUCUCUUGCGGCUGCUCCAUCUCUUGCUUCGUCUAUUUCAGUUCGCAGACAAGCCUGGCUCACCGCUAUUCAAACCGUCUGGGUCCCCCGCCACAAUUUCUUUCUCGAAGCUGCAGCAUUAUGCUUGAAAAUUGCCAAGUUGAGCACACGGAACUUCAUCGGCGCAGAUGGAUAUGCAUAUCUUACCGGCAUCACUCAACAACAAGAAGCAGCUCGCGUUAAAGCUUGGGAGAUUGCUCUCGACGCACAACUCGCAGGAGGAGACGUAGAGGUCAGCAAGAGUCGCUUGACAUUGACACUAUUGGCUUCAGGCACUCUACCCGAUACACCUGCUCGACUCAUGCUCAAAGCCUUGCACAUCAGAGUACUCCUUUGGGAAGUUGGAAAUGCCGGGUUCAACGGAUACUAUCUGUUCCAUGAAAUGGCCGCCAAAAUGGCUCGGUGGAAAUGGAACGAAGCAAAGCAUCUCCAACGCAUCAUGGCUGGCUCUAAAGACAAACCUGACGGCGAAUUCCCAGAACAUCUCGAAGCGCUCCUCGAAGAGGAGUGUGACGAUGUCCUUGCUGAUUGCAUUGGCCAACGCGCUUACAACCUUGCCUGGAAUCUUCCCACUACAUACAACGUCCGAGGCCCAAGCGAAGGCAUGGACGGCGUUGUCGACGACUUUGCAAUCCGCAGCCCGCUCGAUGCUGUCGCUGCGUGGUAUUCCAGCAUCGUUCUCCAACGUGCUCUCGCAAAAUUUCUCGAAAAAGACCAAACGGAAGAAAAGAAAGCCUCUGUGCUCCAAGAUAUUGGACUCUCUAUCAAGGUAUCUCCUGUCGGAUCACGAGCUCAAGUCCGCGCUCUCGUCGCUCGUGCCAUCUUGGUCAAAGAGAAACGUGGCGAAAAUAUCGCAGUCUCGCUCCAAGGCCUUACGCCAUUUGAGCCCAAAACUGACACCAAUGCCACGCCUAAUCUUAUCAAUACCACAUCUUCCAUUGCCAGUCUCCCAGAUAUCAAGAUGUCCUUACGCUGCGCAAUGGCCAUCGCAUAUCUUGACCGCUACCCAGCACCACAUAACCCUCCUGCCGUUCACCGUCUCAUCAAUAGUAUCGUCCCUAUCAACCUCAGUAUUCUCGGUUUCACCGCGGCUUUUCAUCUCAUGGAACGUAUUCAUGCUCAUGACAGUGUAUCUAUGAGUUGUGCUAUUGCGUUGGAGAGACUUGCUGGGAACUUGCGCAUUUGGAUUGGUGGACCAGAUGGAGAGAGGAGUGGACUGGAUAAGGGUAUCAAGAGGGAGUUGGUGGAGAGAUGUCUUGUCGUUACCAAGAAAGUCAUUGGCAUGGAAAAGGAUGCUGGUUAUGAGACUAUGAGUGAGGAAGAUGCUGGUGAGGGGUGCUAA